ACACAUAGUAACAGAUCAUAUUUAACUCAAAACAAUUUCCCCCAAAAUCAAAAUCCUUCCUCAAAACCCCAGCCUCCGUCGAGGUGUAUAUAUAUACACACACACACACACAGAGAGAGAGAGAGAGAGAGUAAUUGAAGAUGGCAGGGUUGCAGAGAUCAGCAGUAUCAUUCAGGAGACAAGGAUCCUCUGGAUUCGUAUGGGACGAUAAAUUCCUCUCUGGAGAGCUCAACAAGCUCGCCGACCAACAAAAGGAAGAAUACAAAAACAAGAGAUCUCAAAACCUCAAAUCGGGGGAAAAAUCCGCAUCCGCCGCCGAGAAUUUCGCUGUAAGCGGCGGAAUCGCAAUCGAGAGGAGCCGAUCCAGCGGCGGACGCGCCAACCGCGCGGGGAGAGCUCCGCCGCCGCUCGAGCCGCCGUCCCCUAGGGUUUCCGCCUGCGGACUCUGCGGCGCCUUCGGAAACAGCGGCAAGACGCGCCGCCGGCCGCCCAAGGCUGCCAAGCGCGUGAUGUGAUUCCGGUGCGGUGGCGGUUAAUUUUGCGAACCUAUAAUCACGAUUUCUUUCUUUUUAUCUUUUUAUUAGUUUUAUGUAAAAUAUGUUGUUAUCUUUCGACUUUUAAAAAAAAUCAAUGUUCAAGUAAAUCUAUUUUUCCUAUAA